CUAAAACACGGCAGCGACAACAUUUCAAUGGAGGAAAUGCUCCUGUAUAACAACGGUGAUAUCGAUAAUUAUAAAAAGAGUGUUUUUGUCGGUAUGUAGGCUAAUUGAGAGGGACAGAGCAAGAUGUUUGAAAGGAUUUUUACUGAGCAGACGAUAUCCGGAGGACAACUCUGCGUAUAUCGAAUGAAGAAAGAAUGAGCAUGUUUGUGACCCUGGCGGAGGUGCUGGAGUCACGAGGAGCACCUCUGGAGGAGGACGAGGUCUGGGCUCUCCUCCUAGGGGCUGCAGAAGUCUUGAUAGACAUCUCCAGUAAAGAUCCUGGUAACAUGUGCUGUGUCAUCAGCCCCGGCUCCAUGCUCCUUUCUGCAGUCGGCAGGAUUGCCUUCAAGACCUGUGGCCGAUCUGAGGCCGUGGGAUCCUUCACUUCCCCAGAACUGUCACAGAGCAACACUUCCCCCAGGAGACAGGCCACGGAGAAGAUGGUGGUUUACUCACUAGGCAUGACUCUCUACUGGGCAGUAGAUUAUCAACUUCCACAAAAUCAGCCUGUCCAGCUCAGCGACGACCUGAACAGCCUUUUAUUGAGCAUGUGCGAGGACGUGGCUCACAAACGGGUGAACCUCCUGACGUUGCUGGAGACGUGUGAACAUCACCAUAAGACUGCUGUCCUGCCCCGGCCAGAGAGAGCCAUCAGACAGAUGGCCGAGGAUGUGCUGCAGGCUGAAAAAAGCCCAAAUGAUUCUGCUCAUCUCAUAGACCGAAGCCAGAUGGUUAGAGAAAGACUUCGGGGUGCUUCCUGUCAGAACUCAGUUUGGCCUCUGAAAGGGAACAGCACACCAUCGCCAGCAGACUUCAGCAAAAGUCAUAGUUCACACCAAAGGAGCAGAAACAACACAUGGCUGCCCCAAAGUCCUAUUCUUGAUAGACGGCGUCAGUUCAACUCAAGGCCAAAUCAGUUGUCUGGCUCUUCAUUUAGCCUUAAUGAACGGAAAAUAAAGGAUACGGGUCCAGAGUUCAUCCGAAUGCUGGAGGAGCCUCUCGUCGUUUUAGAGCUGCCUAAUUCUAUUGUGUCAAACAAAGGGCGUUCAAGUUUAAACCACAGGGACUUGAGAGUUAUGAUGCCAAAUGGACAGAACAUUCUGCUCAAGUGUGACGUCAAGUCCAGAGGAGGAGACGUCUUUGAUAUGAUCAUCGCUCAUGCAAACCUUGUAGAACAUUUUUACUUUGGCCUUGCAUAUAGUGAUGAUAAUGAAUUUUUCUUUCUUGACAACGACAUGAAAAUAUCCAAAGUUGCCCCUGGCGCCUGGAGAAAAGUGCCCACUGCCACAUUUGUGCUUCAUUUCCGCAUCAAAUUUUUUGUGAUGGACGUCUCUUUUCUUCUACACAAGCUGACCCGUCAUCAGUACUAUCUCCAGCUGAGACGGGACGUCCUGGAUGACCGGCUGCCCUGUAACGAGGAGACCUGCUUGUUUCUUGGUGCCUUGGCUCUUCAAGCCGAGUUUGGGGACAGUAUGCCUGAGGUCUAUGGGAAGAACUACUAUCAGCCGGAGCACUACGUUUCCAAGAGUGUUUUGCAGAAAAUGGCAAUGCCUUGCCUGAAAGACGAGUUGCUACGGUUACACGCCAACAACGCAAACAUGACUGCAGAGGAGGCAGAGAUCGAGUUCCUCAAGAGCGUUCAGCAGCUUCCAGAGUACGGGGAACUGUUUCACCGCGUGGCCCGUGAGAAGAAGCCUGUGUUUGGAGAGCUGGUCCUGGGAGUGUGUGCCAAAGGCAUCAUUGUGUAUGAAGUUAUAAAUAAGUCCCGCACCACAAGCCUUAGAUUCCUCUGGAGAGAGACCAGCAGUAUCACCUCAGCCCGACGUAAGUUUGUCAUUGAGAGCAGCACCAGUAAAAAGAAGUACACCUUUCUGACCGAAAAAUCAAAAGUGGCCAAAUACCUCUGCGAACUCUGCUCCGCACAGCACAAGUUUCACAAGGAGAUGAGCUCUCGCCAGCUCACACACAGCCUCACUUCAGAGGACAGUAUUGUGCAGUAUGCAGCCAUGUGUCGAGCUCAGAACCACGAGGUUGCGCUCAACGACGGACGCCUUGAUCCCGCUGCCGACGACUCCAUGAGCAAACUCUGUGAAGACAUCGCUACCCGCCUCGAAGCAAAGAUCAAACUACAGAGAGACUUAUUAGACUUCACCGGAUCCCUAAGUCCAGCUCUACAGAGAAGCUCUUGUAGUUCUUCGAAGCGUUGCUCUGAAGUCCCUUCAAUGUACUCUCCUUUAAGAGGUAGGAUUGACCAUCAACCCAUAACAUGAACCUGUGUCAUUGGGAAACAGCGCAAUGCAGUGUGACCUUUUCUCACAGAUCCCCCAACAAGUUCCCGACCUACAGAGAGGGAAAUCAUCUGUGUUUCCCUCAAAAAGGACCCCAAAAUUGGCCUUGGUAUUGUUAUUGUUGGAGAAGACAACACUGGGAAACUGGACCUUGGUAUCUAUAUUGCAUCAAUUGUACCCGGAAGCCCAGCUGACCGAGAUGGACGCAUCAAACCAGGUGGUCGACUGAUCUCUCUCAACCAGCUCAGUCUGGAGGGCAUGUCCUUCAGCGAGGCCGCUGACAUCAUGCAGAACAGCUCCAGGGAGGUGGAGCUCAUGGUCUCGCAGC